UUUAUCAUUCUAAUGACAGAGGUCUGUAAAGAGAGAAAAUUCAGUAGAAUAUAUCAAAAGGAUUGUUUUUUCCUAAAAAAUACUUUCCUACUUACGUAUUAUAUUUAAUUCUGCAUAUAUUUUAUUGAUAUCUUGCUGUAAAAAAAAAAAAUUGUUUUUUUUCUAACAAGAAUUAUGGCACCUAUUUUAAUGAACAACACUGGAAAUAAGCAAAACAAUUACAUUCGACAGGCGGAGUAUGUGAAUAACCCUCAUCUGGACGGCAUGGAAGAGGACAUCUUGUAUCAUUUCAGCCUGAGCACCAAGACCCAUGACCUGCCCCAGAUGUUUGGAGAUAUAAAGUUUGUUUGUGUUGGUGGAAGUCCCAAUCGAAUGAGAACGUUUGCUAAAUAUAUACAUGAGCAGCUGGAGAUGCCCAGCAACACUGCAGACAUUAAAGAUAUCUGUGAAGGAACAGACAGAUACUCUAUGUAUAAAGUGGGACCUGUGCUUUCCAUAAGUCAUGGCAUGGGUGUUCCCUCCAUCUCCAUCAUGCUGCAUGAGCUCAUUAAAUUGCUCUAUCAUGCUCGUUGUCGUGAUGUCAUCAUCUUUCGCAUUGGCACAUCAGGCGGAGUUGGCCUGGCUGCAGGUACCGUAGUGAUCACAGAUAAAGCUGUGGACUCAUUCUUCAGGCCACAGUUUGAGCAGGUGGUUUUGGGAAAGGUAAUCACCAGGAGCACAGAGCUUGAUGUGGAUGUGGCCCAGGAACUGCUGCAGUAUUCAUCUGAGCUUACAGAUAUGCCCACUGUUAUUGGAAACACAAUGUGCACGCAUGAUUUCUACGAAGGUCAGGGGCGACUGGAUGGAGCCGUGUGCUCAUUUUCUACUGAAGAAAAAUUUGAAUAUCUGCGGAAAGCAAGUGAGGCAGGUGUCAGAAACAUUGAGAUGGAGUCCAGUGUCUUUGCUGCCAUGUGUCAUGUCUGCAAUCUUAAAGCUGCAGUGGUGUGUGUGACUCUUCUGAAUCGGUUUGAGGGGGAUCAGAUUUCUACACCUCAUGAUACUCUUAUGGAAUAUCAACAGAGACCACAGCGUCUUGUGGCCCACUUAAUCAAAAAACGACUUGGACUUAUCUUAUAAAAUCAUGCAAUGAACAUCUACAAUGUACAUAAUUCUGUUCAUAGUAUCUGUAAAUUGUUAAUGUUGACUUACUUUCUCUCAACUCAAUGAAAACACUUUUAGUAUCAUAAUAGUCUAUAUACUGUACACGAUGGGAAAUAAGUAUUGAGUAUGCCAUGUUUUUUUUGUUGUUGUUUUUCUGGGAGUAAUAUUUCUAAAAGAGCUGUUGACAUGGAAUUUAACCAAAUUUUGGUAAAAACCCAAACAAUCCAAAAAAUUUUUUUUACAUUUGUAAUAACAAUGAAAUGACACAAGGAGAAAGUACUGAACUACUGAAAUGUAAUUAAUACUUUAUAUAAAAGUUUUUUUGUUUUUUUUUUGGUGAUGGCAGCUAAAGAGGACUCUCAUAUGGAAAUUUCAUGCAUUGCUCAGGUGUGACUUUUUUCACAGACUUCAACAGAGUGUAAAAUAAGCUUGAUGGUUCUCACGGUCUCGUCCAUCAAAUCAGAUGUUUUUUAUUUUUUUAUUUUAGAUUUUGUAUUGGAUUAAAGUCAGGGGAAUAGCUGGGCCAUUCUACAGAUGGAUUUUCUUUCUCUGAAACCAUUUUAAAGUUUCCAUGGCUGUGUUUUGCGUCAUUGUCUUGCCGAAAUGUCCAUCCUGGUUUCAUCUUCAUCCUCAGGUACAGUAAUGUAGAUGUUGGACUGAAGCAGCUAAUUUUAAUUUACAAUGGUGAAGGGCAGAGAGAUUUCAGCUGCUUUACUUCAUGUGUUCAACACUUUUUCCCAUGUAUCAUUUCAUUUUAUUACACAUAACUUAAUUUGUAAACUUAUUUUUAACAUUUAAACAUUUCACAACACUUCUCACAAAAAAUGUUACAGAAAUACAUUCUCUCAUGUACAAUAUAAAACAUAUUUCAAGAUGCCUUUGUAAUCACUUUGUAAUUUUAAAAUAGAAAUAGAAUUAUGCAAAAGUAUUGUAAUGAGAUAUGCACAAUGUUUGAUUAUUUUUACAAUAGUAAAAUGUCUGUAUGAACACUUUGCAUAUGCAGGACUUUUGCCCGCUCACGUGCAUAGUGGAAAGCAAACACCAAAAGGUGCAGAUAUCAAUAAUGAAAAUGUAUCUAUCAGAAAAUGCUUACCAAAUGUUUAUUAAAAAUGCCUUAAAUGUUUAGUUUACAAUACCUAAUGUAUAGUUUUGUUUUACUAGUUGUUUUGUAUUAUAGAACUUAAUAAUUAAAGUUUAUGAGUUUCUUUAAACAUGCU